AUGACUGCGAAUCUGUCUGAUGCGAUCAUUAGUGACGGCAAAGUUGCUCCCCAUACGCUUACUGGGUUGAAAAGGUGGUCCUGCCAGGGCAAAGAGCUUCCCCCUGUGUCGCAGAUCAAAGCACUCCACGUCUAUGAUUUUGAUAAUACCCUUUUCAAAAGUCCGCUACCAAAUCCAAAGCUGUGGCAGUCCCAGACGGUAUCACGAUUACAGAACCAAGAUGUUUUCGUCAAUGGAGGUUGGUGGCAUGACAAAGGGGUCUUAGGAGCUACGGGUGGGGGUAUAGACGUUGAAGAGCCAAGGGCGUGGGCGUCGUGGUGGAACGAACAAAUUAACGAUGCCCUGAAUGUUCUUCUGACUGGACGAGGAGAACGCAACUUCUCUGAGCUGAUCAAGCGUAUAGUCGCGAGUAAACGGCUCGACUUCGAUCUCAUUUGCUUGAAGUCGGAAGCUGGUCCCAAGAACCAGCGAUUUGGCUCGACAAUGCAGUAUAAGCAAGCGUUUCUACAAGAUCUUAUUUACACCUACGCCGAAGCAGAAGAAUUGAAGAUUUACGAAGACCGACCUAAACAGUAUCUCAAGACCGAAGUCAUCCAGGUUGCCGAUCAGGUGACCACGCUUGAUCCUGUUGUGGAAAUUGCAGAGGUCCAGAGGAUGGUCAAUAAUCACAACACUCAUCUGCCUUCGCUUUCACGUCCAUUGGAACUCAAGCGCACCGUCUUCUAUACCGGCUACCUUAUCUCCGCAACGGACACGUCAAAGCUGCUUGGACUUGUAAAGGUACCAUCAAACUUUGCCGAAUCGGAGGUCAAGUAUCUUGCAAACAGUAUUCUCAUUGACCCUCGACCUGCCAAUGCUGGUAUGAUGAACAAAGUUGGGGGCCUAGGUUCAAAACAGACCUGGCAGGUUACAGGCUUCGCUUUCUACCAGUAUAAUCUGUGGGCUGUGCGAGUGGCACCUGUACCCCCGGAGUCAAAAGUGCACACUUUCGGCGACACCCCUACGAUAGUCCUUGCGACGUACAAGAAUACCAAAGCUGCAGCUGCUAAUAGCAUACAGAAUUGGCAGCCAAUACCAGCCGACAAACAGUAUAUACUGCAGACUGAGGUAGGAGAAAAGGUACAGCUACGACUAGAGGCGGAGUCUGGCGAAGGAGGAUAUGACAAUGUUGUUGACCGGAGAAAUCUCAAACGACGACAUAGCCCAAAUCAAGUAUCGGCAAGGAAUGGACCUUCAAAUGAUGAGAAUAGAAGAACGAAUGGGUCAGGUCUUAAUGGCCGGACUGGCAACAACAACCGGCACAAAGGCAAUGCUCCAGGGCCGUCGGGAGGCCGACCAGGGACCAACAGCAACAAUAGCCGUGGAGGGAGAGUGAACGGUCCCAGCCAAGGCAGCGCACGUGCAAACCGGCAAAGAGGGCCAAAGACUGGUGGGUACAAAUCCCUUGAUGACAUGGCAGGACACACAGGUCGAUAUGGCCCGCAGCGAGGCGAACCUACCUACGAUGACUACGUUCCAGCCGGUGCGGGACACAACGCUCCAUUCCUACCAGGGAAGAAUAAAGCAGCUUUGGACGGUACUGGCGGGCUACCGUAUGGACAAUGA